UUCUCCAUCCAGAUAUCGUGACGGGCUUGGACAGUUACGACAGUGAGGGACCACACACACCCGAGACCGAUGACUCGGCAGAAGGGAAGGGGAAACUCAAGCCCCCAAGUGAGGGAGACUUCCAAACCAUCAAGCUGAUAAGCAACGGAGCGUACGGGGCGGUCUACCUGGUGCGGCACCGCGAGACGCGCCAGCGCUUCGCCAUGAAGAAGAUCAACAAGCAGAACCUGAUCCUGAGGAACCAGAUCCAGCAGGCCUUCGUGGAGCGAGACAUCCUCACCUUCGCCGAGAACCCCUUUGUGGUCUCCAUGUUCUGCUCCUUCGAGACGCGCAGGCACCUCUGCAUGGUGCUGGAGUACGUGGAAGGUGGUGACUGUGCCACCCUGUUGAAGAACAUUGGGGCUCUGCCCGUGGAACUGGCACGGAUGUAUUUUGCUGAGACAGUACUGGCGCUGGAGUACAUCCACAACUAUGGCAUCGUGCACCGCGACCUCAAGCCCGACAAUCUUCUGAUCACAUCCAUGGGCCACAUCAAGCUGACAGACUUCGGCCUGUCCAAGAUGGGGCUCAUGAGCCUGACCACCAACCUGUACGAGGGCCACAUCGAGAAGGACGCCAGGGAGUUCCUGGACAAGCAGGUGUGCGGGACCCCGGAGUACAUCGCCCCGGAGGUGAUCCUGAGGCAGGGCUACGGCAAGCCGGUGGACUGGUGGUCCAUGGGCAUCAUCUUGUACGAGUUCCUGGUGGGCUGCGUGCCCUUCUUCGGAGACACGCCCGAGGAACUGUUCGGACAGGUCAUCACCGAUGACAUUGUGUGGCCUGACGGUGAAGAGGCCCUGCCUGCAGACGCUCAGGGUCUGAUCUCCACUCUCCUGCAGACCAACCCACUCAUGAGGCUGGGGACAGGGGGAGCGUUCGAGGUGAAGCAGCACUCGUUCUUCACGGAGCUGGACUGGAACAGUCUGCUGAGGCAGAAGGCCGAGUUCAUCCCUCACCUGGAGUCGGAGGAGGACACCAGCUACUUUGACACUCGCUCGGAGCGCUACCGCCACAUCAACACGUACGAGGAGGAUGACACGAACGAUGACGAGCCGGUGGAGAUCAGACAGUUCUCCUCCUGCUCGCCCCGCUUCAGCAAGGUGUACAGCAGUAUGGAGCACCUGUCCCAGCUGGAGCAGAAGGCCCCGUCGGUGACCCGGCGGGAGCACAAGGGCCCCAGGGAGGACAAGGUGUCUAAGAGAGAGAGCCUGGGCAGCUUCACCAUGAGGGACAAGAGCUGGAGGACAGGCUCCCCGGAGAUGAAGCGCCUGUCCUGCUCCGAGUCUCUCUACUCGGAGGGAGACUCCAGCCCCCCCCUGGGUGCCCGGCGUCGUUUCUCCGCCCUCAUGGACACGCACCGCUUCGCCUCGCCCCCGGAGGGCGACCCGGACCCCCUGACCCGGCAGACGCCCGUCAAGGCGCGGGGGACGUCCCUGGACGGCGCUCCCUCGCCCUGCCUCCCGCAGGAGCACCGCAACACCUUCAGGGAGGGGGGCACGGGAGACAAACCGCUGAGACCCGUCGACACAGCCGCCCCUACGACCACCCCCACCACCCCAGGACCCGCCUCGGCCAAUCGGGACAUAGCCACGCCCACAUAUGACCCCUUGGGGCCGAGGGCGACCAACGACCUGGUGUUGCGUCGGGCAAGACACCAGCAGAUGUCCGGAGACGGAGAGAAACGCAACUCGCGCGCCGGCAACAAGGUCAUCAAGUCGGCGUCGGCGACGGCGCUGUCGGUCAUCAUACCUGCAGUAGAGCAGCACGCCAGCUCCCCCCUGGCCAGCCCCAUGUCGCCCCGCUCGCUCUCCUCCAACCCCUCGUCGCGGGACUCCUCGCCCAGCCGGGACUUCUGCCCAGCGGUCAGCGUGCUGCGCUCGCCCAUCACCAUCCAGCGCUCGGGGAAGAAGUACGGCUUCACGCUGCGCGCCAUCCGCGUCUACAUGGGCGACACGGACAUCUACAGCGUCCACCACAUCGUCUGGCACGUGGAGGACGAAGGCCCCGCCCAGGAGGCGGGACUGUGCGCCGGUGACCUCAUCACCCAUGUGAACGGAGAGUCGGUCCACGGGCUGGUCCACACAGAGGUGGUGGAGCUCAUUCUCAAGAGUGGUAACAAGGUGACCGUGACCACCACGCCGUUCGAGAACACCUCCAUCAAAGUGGGCCCGGCCCGCAAGGCCAGCUACAAGUGUAAGAUGGCGCGGCGCAGCAAGAGGACUCCGGGAAAGGAAGGCCAGGAGAGGUAUGACAUAGCACAGGCUCACAGUAAAAAGCGCAACUCCCUCUUCAGGAAGAUCACCAAGCAGUCCAACCUGCUGCACACCAGCCGCAGCCUGUCCUCCCUCAACCGCUCUCUCUCCUCCAGUGACAGUCUACCUGGCUCGCCCACACACAGUCUGUCUGCCCGAUCCCCGACACAGGGCUACAGGUCAACCCCAGAGACGUCUUAUCUGGGUGCAUCGUCCCAGAGCUCCUCCCCCGCCUCCAGUACCCCCAACUCCCCCGCCGCCUCCCAGCACAUGCGCCCCAGCUCCCUGCACGGCCUCUCCCCCAAGCUCCACCGCCAGUACCGCUCGGCCCGCUGCAAGUCCGCCGGAAACAUCCCCCUCUCCCCGCUGGCCCACACCCCCUCCCCCACCCAGUCCUCCCCGCCGCCCCUGCCGGGCCACACGGUGGGCAGCUCCAACACCACCCAGACCUUCCCCGCCAAGCUCCACUCCUCGCCCCCCGUGGUGCGCCCGCGCCCCAAGAGCGCCGAGCCGCCGCGCUCGCCCCUGCUCAAGCGCGUCCAGUCGGCGGAGAAGCUCGGCUCGCCGCUGACCCAGUCGGGGUCCGGGAGCGGCGGGCUGGGCGGUCCGCUGCGCAAGCACAGCCUGGAGGUCCAGCACUCGGACUACCGCAAGGACGCCUUCCUGCACGGCGAGGUGGGGCUCCAGAGUCUGCUGGAGACGGACGGGGAGAGUCUGCCGCCCAACCCCCCGCCGCUCCCCUCCGGGCCGCUCUCCCCCGCCUCGCCCGCCACCACGCCCGAAACGGGUGUGCUCAAGCCGGUGAGGAAGCUGGGGAGGCAGGAGUCGCCGUUGAGCCGGGACGCCCUGCUGGCCGGGAGAGAGAGGGAGCGAGAGAGGGAGCGAGAGAGGGAGCGAGAGAGGGAGCGAGAGAGCAGGACGGCGUUGGAGAAAUCGCCCAAUCGUGUUGGGGCCGUGGACUCCCAGUCGUCCCUAGCCAGAAAACCCUCAAAUAGUGAGUUGUCCUUAGGCCUGCUGUCUAGUUCAGGUCCAAAACUACAAUCCUCAAGUGUGGAAUCCACUAAAACUACAACUCACAGUAUCCAAAGUAAGACAGCAGCAGGAAGUCUUGUAGGUCUAAAAGGCCCAGAGAAAAACAUUUUUGGCCAGCAACUAGACACCAAGGUAGCCGCUAGUGCUAACGCUAACAAUGUUAGCAUGAAAGACCACCAGGAGAAGCAAGGGGUUAAACCUGAGCCAAAGCAGGAUACAGAUAUCAAGGGAUGCCCUCUUAGGCCUAGCCUGCCCAGUGGUGGUAUAACCAAGGGCACUACCUUUACCCCCGAAAGAGGAGGUAGCGUGGCUACAUCAUCAGCUUCUGGGCUAACAAGCGUUAGUAAAACAUCUAAAAUACCAGGGAUAGGAGAGAGCCUGAGAAAGAGUGGAGGGGAGAGUAAUGAUAGAACUUCAGACCUGGGGUCCAGGAGCCCCAAACUGCCAGCUAGGGCCCUGGCUCCGGCUGUCCCUCCCCACGGCCAGCCCCUCUCCCUGGGCAAGGUGAGGCAGGGCCUGGGCCCCGUCAACUGCUACCGUGGAACUCUGGACUGGGACGACAAGUGUCGCCUGGAGGUGGUGGAGGAGCACUCCCCCUCCCCCUCCCCUUCCCCCACAGCCGUCACCCCCUCCCUCUGCGGCCCUUCCCUCUGCAAGUCACGCCCCGUCUCCCCCGGCGACAAGACCAGCUUUGUCACCCAGCUCACCGCUGCGGCCAAGAACGUCCUGGGCCCCAUCAAGAUUAGCUCCCAGGAGGGGCCCAAGGCUAAGGACGUGCCCAAGAUGGUUGAGGAGAAGCAGGCAAGUGUGGUAGGAAAGUCUGAGGCUUCGCCUGGAGGCCGUCAGGGGCCGCCAGUAGUGGCCCAAGCUCCAGCCAAGUCUAACACACAGCCUGAGAAAGCACCCACAGGUUGCACCCCCUCCAAAUGAUGGACCUGUUGUCUAAACGGAAGGAAAACGAACUGAGAUGGAUAGAACGAAAAUGCCUUUUUUUGGAGUUUGGGAACAAUGUUAAGUCAAGCACUUAAAAAAGGAACAUUCCACUUUAAGAUAAAAUCUAAACAUGGUAUUUAUUGACUCUAAUCUAAAACCAUGGUGGGUGAUGAAAUCUAUUGUAAAGGUGCUUGUAUGUUCGUUUUGUAUGGUACAGUAUAUAUAUAUAUAUAUAUAUAUAUAUAUAUAUAUAUAUAUAUAUACAGUAUAAGAAGAUGCUCCGCAUUAUGUAUUAGAUUAUUAUGUGUGUGUGUGUGUGUGUGAAUGCAUGUAUUGAGGUGUGUGUGUACGUUCGUCAGUGUGAGUUUGUUGUUUGGAAAAAAAGGAGCGAAAAGUGCUUUACCGAUCAAUACAUGCUGAAUACUGUGAAAACCAAAUCCAGUUUGACACUACCACCGUAACCAAUGGCGACCAACCACUUCCGUCUCAGCCAAUCGUAGGACAGCUGAGGUCAAACGGAGGCACAAUCAAACCUUGACAUGCACUUAACUUAACGGGAAAACAAAAACAACAACAUACAAUCAAGAUAACUAGCCUGAUAUUCACAUGCACUGAAUCCCUCACUCUCAGUUGAUUUGCAUAGCCGCAUUCUGUAUUCUGUCAGUGAACGCUGUUGAAAAUCGCCGUGAAAUCGAGGGGGUGGGGCGGAAUAACCGUGAGUCUAUUUUCAGUGCUUCUCGAAGACUGCGGUGCAUAAAGUGUCCUGUUUCAGAGUGAAGCUGGUCUGACAGAGCCCAGCCCAGGCGCUUAUCUCUACAGCACAGGAGGGCCACCACAGGCCUGCCUUGACAGCUACACACACACACACAAUACACACACAAUACCAGGAGUUAGUUGCAUCAGCUGAGCUGAUUUUCCUGCAUUAAAAUUCAGAUCCUGGUGUGUGUGUUUGUUUGUGUGUGUGUGUGUGGACUGGCAGACUACUGGAGCAGUCACAUUCCACGUCCACAUGGGAUGAUCGCUCAGUUGGAAGACAGGUAUCAGAAACCCAGCUGAACAGAAACAGACCACAUUCAACAUCCAAUCAAAUCUUCACUUCUGUUGAACUGGGAACAAUCUUCUUCUACCUGACCAUCAAAUUGUACUGGUUCAGUGAAGACAUGACUGUAAAUAUCUGUAAAAUGGAAAGAUGUUCUAGAUGCAGAACUAUUUAUACUCUUACCUUCUCAUCCUAGCGUCAAGUUGCUGGCAUGCUUACAUGACAAUUUAAUUUUGAACCAAAAAGUGAAUGAAGGUGGAAAUGGAUGUACAUUUACAUUUAGUCAUUUAGCAGACGCUCUUAUCCAGAGUGACUUACAGUAAGUACAGGGACAUUCCCCCGAGGCAAGAAGGGUGAAGUGCCUUGCCCAAGGACACAACGUCAGUUGGCAUGACCGGGAAUCGAACUGGCAACCUUCGGAUUACUAGCCCGACUCCCUCACCGCUCAGCCAACUGACCCCCCGGAUGUAGCACAUUGACUUUCAUGACUGUAGGUUAAAAAGGGCUGAGUGGCUAAAAUCGGUUUUCUUCUCGUUCGAUGUCAGGUAUAGGAACCACUGUAUGACUGGCUGACAUUUUUUCUAUCCACACUUUUUUUCAUAUUAGAUGUCUAUGUUUCCCUUUUGGUGUCAAAGAAAUGCUCUGUAAUUUUUCAAUUGACUGUGUAGUGAUAUAUCUGGUAAGAUCACACUGUGCAAGAGUUCCAUCCCAUUACAACUCACUUCUCUUCCUUAGUUGUUUCCUCAACCCUCAUACACACUUAUGCAAAUGACUGGCAAAAAAAAAGAUUAUUCGUCCUCAGAUGACAGGUAUCACCUAUUUAAAUUAGUCCCAAGAAAUCGUUUACAGUGCAAAAUUGGAGUGAAACAUUUUAUGGCGAUAUGCAAGUUCUCAUGCAUUUUGACUAUUAUUCAAUAGGCAGAUUGUAUGUGAAACAAUACUGCCCUCUUGUGGUAUACAAUUAUAAUUGUUUAAUGUAAUACCAUGUAAUGUCUGUAGCAAAAUGGACUUUAUCACUACAUUAUAUCGGAGAGAGCUACAGUUUGUUGUGUUAGGUCAAAGUCAUUGAUAUUGCAGGAUAGGUUUAGGAGUAGUGUGUUAUUGAAUAUGCAUACUUUAUGUUUUGGUACAGGAACUGGAAUAUUGACCGUGAUUAUCAAAUAUGAAGGAAUCAUUCCAUUUUAUCGUUGUAUUAGUAACUGUUCUCUCAAUUGUUCUUAUGUGACUGUUAGUUCUACCUUAUAAAAUGGAGUAAGAAAACGUUUUUUAUCAUAUAUAAUAUAGACAACCUUCAACAAUGAGCUUUGUUGCGUUAUAUGAUGAAAGAAGCUUCAGUUGUUUGGGUUGUGUUAUCUAGGUCAUAAUAUAUGACAAAAUACACUUAUUAAGGAAUGGUCAGGCACACCACUCGUGUACAUGUAACGGUAAGCGUUUUUAAGAUAAAUGGCAAAUGUAGAGAUACAUUUCAUAUGUUGUUGGUAAAUAUUGCUACCAGGAAUCUUUAUCAUGAUUAAGAGGAGUGGUAUGAAAUGCACUUUAUUUUCAAACAUAAUUUAUUCAUUUACAAGUA